CAGCAGCAGGGAGCAGAUCAGUUCCUUCUCACAGCUGCAACGUGUCCCAGCAAGGAGGCGUUGCAUAGGGAGAGACAGAUAGUUUGCAGGCGCUUCAUCCUGCUCGCUGGCCGAAGGGAGCGGGGCCGCGGAGAAAGCUCUUCUUGCCUCAUCUGGAAAUUAUCCUCUUGUACGGCAUGAUGAAGGGCUGUCAGAAUGAGUGCCCAGCUGGAGGAUGUACAGGGGGAGCCACAAAGCAAGCAACUGAAUCUUUCAAGGCUGCAGACUUAAUUAUUAACCCAGCUACCACUUUCAAGGAAAAACCAGACCCCAGUGGUUUGGUGUUCGGAACUGUUUUCACAGACAACAUGCUGACAGUCGAAUGGUCUUUGACUUCAGGAUGGGAGAAACCUUAUAUUAGGCCUCUUGAGAACCUUUCAUUACAUCCAGCUUCAUCAUCUUUCCAGUAUGCUGUGGAACCAAGAGGAGAGACAGAGGAGAAUCUGGUCCCAAUGGUGUGGCUCAAUGAAUACACACUGUUUGAAGGAAUGAAGGCUUAUCGAGGAGUGGAUGGUAAAAUCCGCCUGUUCCGUCCAACGCUCAACAUGGACAGGAUGGUGCGGUCGGCGGCGCGAGCAACACUGCCAUGUUUUGACAAGGAGGAGCUAUUAGAGUGCAUCCGGAAGCUUGUGGAAGUGGAAAAAGAGUGGGUCCCGCACUCUACGUCUGCAAGCCUUUAUAUCCGCCCUACUUUAAUUGGAACAGAGCCUUCUCUUGGAAUCAAGAAGCCAACUAAAGCCCUGCUGUAUGUUAUACUGAGUCCUGUGGGCCCAUACUUUGCAAGCGGAAGCUUUAAUCCAAUAUCCUUAUGGGCAGAUCCCAAAUAUGUAAGAGCCUGGAAAGGAGGAACGGGGGACUGCAAAUUGGGAGGGAAUUAUGGUUCGUCCAUCUAUGCCCAGCGUGAAGCUAUGGAAUUAGGGUGUCAGCAGGUUCUGUGGCUGUAUGGAGAGGAUCAUCAAAUCACUGAAGUCGGAACAAUGAAUCUUUUCCUGUACUGGGAAAAUGAAGAUGGAGAAGAAGAACUGGCAACCCCACCGUUAGAUGGCAUCAUUCUUCCUGGAGUGACGAGGCAGAGCAUCUUGGAGCUGGCACGCAAGUGGGGAGAAUUUAAAGUGUCUGAGAAGUACAUCACCAUGAGUGAUCUGACAGCUGCCUUGGAGGAAAACAGAGUCAAGGAGAUGUUUGGUGCUGGGACAGCUUGUGUCGUAUGCCCUAUUUCUAAAAUAUUAUACAAAGGCAAGAAUUUGCACAUUCCAACUAUGGAGAAUGGACCUCAGUUAGCAACCCGCUUCCUAAAUCAGCUGACUGAUAUCCAAUACGGAAGAGAAGACAGCGAAUGGACAUUCCUGGUGUCAUGAAUACAGAGUGGCGGGGAUCAGACCUUCCAUACACUACCCGACAGGACAAACCGUUAGACCAGAACAAUUGCCGAUUUUCUGUAGCUGCCUGUUUAGAGCUGUGCGUAGGGUAAUCAGUGUUCUCCCUGUCCUCCCCAGGGUGAUUGUUUCCACAUGCCGGGGAACGUGAACACAAUCAUUAUGAUUUCUACCAUAGUCUUGCUAAUAGAAGCCUAUCUUCUUGUUAGAGAUGCUAGAUGUAAGCAAUAGAACUGUCCCAACUGUUUUCUUGGUGCCUCCUUGUGUCUUAUGUACAGUCCAAAAACUUGUCAAAUACUCUUCAACUGGUCUUCAGUGUAAGCCAUGGUGUUUUUCCAACUGCCACCACUACUGGAGAAGACUGCCAUAUAAAAAAGUUGCCCAUUAUUUAGGAGAACAGUUACUAUCUCUUAGUCCUAUUUCAUUUGCAUCCUCAGGCAAUGGAUUAUGUUUUUCUCUGUUACUCCACUUAUGUGGGAGGUUCCUCUCUGCAUUCCCAGAGCCCCGAGGAGCCCAUUUUUAAUCCUGCCAACAUCAUACCCUCACCUUUUAGGCCCCACGUCAUAGCAACCACGCCUUUAGAAUGAGGAUGAAUUGGUGGGAAAUCCCUUCAGAGCCCAGCAACACCACUCUUAAAUCAGCUUACAAGAACUUACAAUAUACAAAGUGAUCUUUCCCCACCCAAGGCUUUACAGUGCUCCCAGCCCUGGCUGGCCCACUUGUUUCUUAAUAUGAUCUUUCUAUUUUCUGAAGAGGCCGUGGCUUUUCAGUAUGGGUUCUCCUAUAUCUUCCCCUGCUUGCCAGUGGAAAAGUGCUCAGUGCAGGAGAACAGAGGGAUUUCAUUCACUCCUUGUCAUUCUGCACUACCAUGUUCCCUUACUUCUUCAUACACCACUAGACUCGUGAUACACUCUCUUGUUGCCAAGAUACAAGAUACAUCUGUUAGCUCGCAAUUAGGGAAAUUAAUAACUUCUGCAAAUUUUCUUUAACCCUUAAAUAUGCUACCAUCCAUAUAAGCCUUCUCAUCUACGCACAUGCUUUUCUCAACUAGUUUUAAGAUGUCUCCUGCCAAAAAGGAAGUACAGUAUUCAGUAGUAAUACUCCAAAAUGCUAGGGGCCUGAAUCUUCUGUUACUCUGGCAUAGAAUUUAUGUAACUUCAUAGCUGUCAAUGGAGUUAAACUGAUUUUAUGCAGGUAUAACAAAAUGGCGCCUCAGACCGUACAUUUUACACUAGCCAUACAGCAGUAUUUUGGGAACUAACUAGUAUUUUUUUAAUAAGGGAGGGAGAGUUUCUCUCCCACACUUUCUAACUGACCCCACCUGUAACUGGCAGUUGCUACCACAAUGUAAAAUAUACUAAGCGUCAUCUCUAAUGGGCAGCCUCCUGUCUUAAGCCACCACUUAAAAUUAUCCACAGGGCUUUCUUGUACAGUAUUUGGUCAAACAUUAACCCUCAGUCUCUACUAGGCCACCAUUUGCUGCUGGUCCCGUGAGUGGUGGGUUAGACAGAUCUUGCUGCAGUCUGUUCUCAUACCUUAUUGAAGAACAGUUGAAGGUUACCAGUGACAAUUGUUCAGAGUGAGUUGUUGGACAGUGUUCUAUUUAGAAUAUACCUACAAGCACAAAGUGCUGUUUCAUUUAUGGUAGCAGUAGUACUGUGUAUCUCUUCUUCUCACAAUUUAAAUCUGUACUGUGCUCUGGUCUCUGUUCAGUUUCUUGUGAUGUAUCAUAGGCCACCGGUAGUUUAUUUAUUUUUAUUCAUCUACUGGAAAAAUUAACAUGGGGGAUACAUCGAGAUAUGAUGUGGGGUAGAGGCAUUUUUCCAACAAGGCAAGUACCACAACUGAAGAGUGCCUUUGGGUAGAGUGUGUCAUAGAGCUCAUACCAAAUUACGUCAUGAAUGAGACUAAAUGGCUUCCUGUUACUGAACCGUAACCUGAUCCCUCACGUUUAGCUUAGAUAAUUGUCUUUGACAGCAAAAGUCUAGGUGGUUCGGUUUGACUGAGGUGCCUGGGGAAUUGGAUGUGCAAUUCCCAUACUUGAGAUAUCAGUAGUAUUAACAGAAGUUGCACAUCAAAUUCCCCAUGGACAGUACUGACAGUAAUCUACUCACAAGUCAGACUGAAGAAAUGAAUACCAGUUACAAUGAUUGAUUUAGAGUGGUUGACGCCUUAAAGUCUUAUAUCAGACUACAAUAAUUUUAAGUGGAGCUCAACAUUGGCCUGUUGUAGUCUACACUGACUUUUGGGGAGACCUGAGUUAGACCUCCUGUCUUAUCUGUUUACCUCUUGUACUGCUGGAGACCUCAAAAGUGCAAGGGCUAACAGAGGGCAAAAUUGGAAGGUCCCCAGAAAUAUGAGCUAUUUCCUAGAGAAAAAGUGAAACCAUGUAGAGCACUCCCAGUCGGCUAGUGUCAUCUCUGUGAAUACUUUUGCUCCCUCUUGGUAAAUUCAGACAGCCUUGAUUAUUUUCAUUCAGGCUCUGGGUGAAUAGGUUCCAGGUUUUAAACAUUAUAUACUAAAUAAACCAGCAGAGAAUUUUGAUCUUUCAUGACAAGCCUAUGUGGAAAUACAUAGCCUGCAUUCUGCAUCUGUAUUAUUUUAUCCUUUUAUCAUAAAAUUCCAAGAAAUAACAUUUGUAAAUAACAGUGAGAACUUGAGAGAUACUGUGUUCUCCUUAUUUUAGCCCAUAUAGUUUAGGAAGGAAUCGUGCUAUUCCCUGAGCUGAUAGACUGUAAAAGAACAUCUGUGCAUCUCUUUUCCAUGUGCGCUAUUUGUUUAAUUGUAGCAGAUUAACAUAGAAAGGGUAUGGUACAUCAUAACUAGGCAAUUAUCCAUUCUUCAUCACUUAGUUAUGGUUACACUAAUUGAUCAUUUAAGAAAUAAGAUAGUCUAACAUUAGGAACAUUUGAGGCUGUUCAGAAAAGAUCAACAAAUUAAUAAUUGUGUGAUAUUUGCAUAAUUGGCUGCAAUUAUUUAAUGUUUAAUUGGGUUGAUCAAAUGCGAUUCAGCCUCUCACAUGUGUAUGCUUUACAAACAGUGGUACUUUAAAAUGAUAAUGAUGAACUAUAA